UCCCGGGCAUGGCAGAGACCCUGAGCCCCUGCACCCCACGGGGCCAGUGUCAGGCCAACAUGGGCGCCAACACCUCCUCAGCCAACGUGGACAGCAACGCCUCCUCGGCUGCCUCUGUGCUGGUGGGCAGCAGCGCAUGGAGGGGCUGGGAGCCCUUCUCCAUCUUCACCAUCCUCAUCCUGACCCUGCUGGUGCUCCUGACCGUGGCCACCUUCCUCUGGAACCUGCUGGUGCUGGCAACCAUCCUGCGAGUGAAGGCUUUCCACCGGGUGCCCCACAACCUCGUGGCCUCCACAGCGGUGUCGGACGUGCUGGUGGCGGCCCUGGUGAUGCCGCUGAGCUUGGUGAAGGAGCUGUCAGCCGGGCGGUGGUGGCGGCUGGGCCGGGAGCUGUGCCUCGUGUGGGUCUGCUUCGACGUGCUGUGCUGCACGGCCAGCAUCUGGAACGUCACCGCCAUCGCCCUGGACCGCUACUGGUCCAUCAGCCGCCACUUGGAGUACACGCUGCUCACCCGCCGCCGCAUCUCCAAUGUCAUGAUCGCUCUCACCUGGGCGCUUUCUGCCGCCAUCUCCCUCGCCCCUCUCUUCGGCUGGGGGGAGACCUACAGCCCUGAGCAGGAGCGCUGCCAGGUCAGCCAGGAGCCCUCCUACACCAUCGUCUCCACCGGUGGGGCUUUCUACCUGCCCCUCUGCGUGGUCCUCUUCGUCUACUGGAAGAUCUACAAGGCGGCCAAGUUCCGCGUGGGGGGCUGCAGGAGGAACACCGUGGUGCCCCUGCCCGAGGCUGCCCAGGUGAAGGAAGCUUCGCGUGAACCACAGAUGGUGUUUACAGCUCGUCAUGCAGCUAUCACUUUCCAGACAGAUGGAGAAACAUGGAGAGAACAGAAAGAGAAAAAGGCAGCUCUGAUGGUUGGCAUCUUAAUUGGAGUUUUUGUACUGUGCUGGAUCCCUUUCUUCAUCACAGAAUUAAUAAGUCCCCUCUGUUCCUGCAACAUCCCACCCGUCUGGAAAAGCAUCUUUCUUUGGCUUGGCUACUCCAAUUCUUUCUUUAAUCCUCUCAUUUAUACAGCAUUUAACAAAAAUUACAACAAUGCCUUCAAGAACCUUUUUGUAAAGCAGAGAUAAAAGGGGACACGGGAGAAAAUGAUUCCUUUAUUGCAUAAGACAGAGAUUUCUUGUGGGAAGCAUGCCUGCGAUAUGUACAGUUUUCAUGCGCAGGAGCUACUUGAGGGGAUUUAGGAACAGUGAAAAAGAAGACGGAAGAUGUUUGGAUAUAAACCUACUGACAGUUUACAGUUCCCCCUUGGAAAUACAUAUAUGCUGCUCCACGGUUUGGCAAAGAAGAUCGAAGCAGUGAAAAACCUCCCGUCUGCUCUUUGAAUCAACAUGUGUUAAGGUCUGCACGCGAAGCGCUGUAUGUGUCUAAUACCACGACUGUCAAAUCUAACUGGACUGCUCUCAUGUAGCCAGCCCCAGGUGCCGUUCUGUAGGCGCUCUCAUCAUUAGCAAAGGCACCAGUGGGAACUGCUAAUUGAGCAAUACUGAAAUGUUUGUGAUACGGGCAGGAUGCUGGCUUCAUUUUUGAGAUUUAUUUGGAAGGGAAUAAACAUGCUGU